AUGGCAAGCAUUGUCGGCCGUCCACUCAACCGCCUCCGCAGAUCCGACACCUACAAACCUCUCCACGAACGAUGGGGCGACGUCUCCAUCUCCGCUCCCACCGACGGAUCCUGGAACCAGUUCGAUAACCCUCAUCAAUCGUCCCACCGUACCCGAGGCUACGGCCCAGGCUUCGUCCCCGAACACCCUCCCCGAGGCGCCUCCCACGUCGAAGAGGACGCCGUGCCCUCGGCGCGCCCAUCCAGACACAGCCACGCCCGCCAAAGUACUUUCUCCAUGAGCACGCUUAACCCUCGUCGUCUGUCCGUGCGUCUGGGCCCUCGUCCGAAACAUACCGCGGAGAACAACGUGGCCCACGAACCGACCGCCCAGCGUGACCGGCGCACCGAGUUCGCGUAUAAACCUAUCCACAAGGAUUAUGCGACCGAGGUGGCCGAGCACGUCGCGACAAAUGAUCACCCGUCGCCGCAGUUUCGGUAUAUUCCUGCCACGCCGCGGUACGCGGAGGAUGUGGGAUUGCCGUUGCCGUCGCCGUAUGCGUCGUCGUCGGCGUCAUCUUCCUCUUCUCGGUCGAAGGACAGCGUGCGUGUUGGAAGCGACCAUCGUCGUGAGCGAGAUAGACAGACCGUGUACUCGGAUGACUUGAACGAGGAAGACGAGGACGAGUACACAGCGUACCCAUCCGGUCGGUCUUCGUCGCGGCUCUCAAGGGCCGAGUACCGCAGUAGUGCGGAUUAUAGUGGCCGGCGCGCGAGCUCCUUGUUUGGAGGUAGGAGUUCCGGUGCGACUUCGGCUGAGAAGAAGAGGUAUCGGUCGAGUGCGAGGUACUUGACUACGGAUAUGGUGCCGGAUGCGGAUGAGAUGUAUGGAUGA